UAUUGGCUGCUCUUCCCGGACCAGGGAAAUCUCGGGCGGUAUAAUUAAUGAGGGAUUAAUGAGAUUUCCAAAGUCAACAGGAAAAAUCGAUGCGCCGCUGGGAUUGAGCCAGCGGGCGCGCAGUCCAGCUCAGUGAGAGGGUCCAGGGGCAUAGGUUGGGGUAGCAGGGGAGGCUAGAGACACACCUGGACGGAGCAGCCCAAUUCCUUCCAGCUGUUGUUAGUCCGCCACGAUGACAGCUCGAGUCCCAGACCCUCGGGAGAGCCCAGAAACUGCAGCUAAGGAGAAUGAGAAGGAAGUGGGGGGCUCUGGCCCCAGAAGGGAUAAAUCAUGGUUAGUGCGGCACUUCUCCCUGCUUCUCCGGCGAGAUCGACAAGCGCAGAAGGCCAGCCAGCUCUUUUCCGGGCUCCUGGCACUCAACGUGGUGUUCCUGGGGGGAGCCUUCAUCUGUAGCAUGAUCUUCAACAAUGUGGCCAUCACCCUGGGAGACGUCUGGAUCCUGCUGGCGGUGCUCAAGGUGCUGGCCCUGCUCUGGCUGCUUUUCUACAUGGCGGACACCGUCCGCCUGCCGCACGCCAUUCUGUACCGGGACCCCCAUGCAGGGCCUGUCUGGGUUCGGGGCUCCCUGCUGCUGUUCGGCAGCUGCACUAUCCUUCUCAAUGUCUUCCGAAUUGGCUAUGUGGUCAGUCACAUCCACUGCAAGUCCGAGGUGGAGCUUGUCUUCCCUGUCAUCGAGAUUCUCUUCAUCAGUCUCCAGACCUAUGUGCUAUGGAGCCACAGUAAAGACUGUAUUCAGGUCCAGAUGAAUCUCACCAGAUGCGGACUGAUGCUAACUAUGGCUACCAACCUGCUCCUUUGGGUCCUGGCAGUCACCAAUGAUUCCAUGCAUCGGGAAAUUGAGGCUGAACUGGAUGCCCUCAUGGAAAAGUUCACAGGCAAUGAGACCAACACUUGCCUUUGCCUCAAUACAACGAUAUGUGAAGUCUUUCAAAAGGGUUACUUGAUGCUCUACCCCUUCAGCACCGAGUACAGCCUCAUCUGCUGCUCCGUUCUCUACGUCAUGUGGAAGAACGUUGGCCGGAAGCUGUCCCCUCACAUAGCCAGGCCCGGACGGCCCAACUUUCACCUCCACGGCGCCAUCUUCGGCCCCUUGUUGGGCUUCCUGGCUCUGGUGGCAGGGAUCUGCGUCUUUGUCCUCUUCCAGAUCCAGGCCAGUGGACCCUCCAUUGGUCCCCAGUACUUCACCCUUUACUACAGCUUUUACAUGAUUAUCCUGCCUGUCAUGACUCUGGCAUGUUUGAUGGGCACAAUCAUCCAUGGACUGGAAGAGCGAGAAAUGGACACAGUCAAGAACCCCACUAGAAGCCUGGAUGUGGUACUUCUUAUGGGGGCUGCUCUGGGCCAGAUUGGGAUCUCCUAUUUUUCCAUCGUGGCGAUUGUGGCCACUGACACCCAGAAGUUGCUCAACAGACUCAUCCUGGCUUAUUCAAUCUUCAUCAUCAUUCAGCACAUCACCCAAAAUCUCUUCAUCAUCGAGGGUCUUCACCGGCAGCCCCUCUGGGAGGGACCCAUCCAGCCCCAGGGCGAUAGCAUCGAGGAGGGCCCGCCGGGCCUUCGCCGAGGAUCUGUGCUGGAGCUGGGCCAGGGCCUUCAUAGGGCAUCCCUUGCCUACAUCCACAAUUACAGCCACCUCAACUGGAAACGCCGAGUUCUUAAGGAAAUAUCCAUCUUCCUCAUCAUCUGCAACAUCACAAUGUGGAUAAUGCCAGCAUUUGGCACACACCCAGAGUUUGAGAACGGACUGGAGAAAGAUUUCUAUGGCUACAGGACUUGGUUCACUAUUGUCAACUUUGGUCUACCUCUGGGGGUCUUCUACCGCAUGCACUCUGUUGGCGGGCUGGUAGAAGUCUACCUGGGGGCCUGACUCAAGGCAGUCUACAGCAAGGCAGCCCAGUCAUACCUGGAACGGUACCUGCUUCUUUUCACCACCCUUGAUCCCAAGCCACACAGUUCCAGGGGCUAGGAGAAGACCCCUGCCCCAAGCCUCUGUUCCGUCCAUAACCAAGAUCCAAUUAUCCCCCAUCUGAGCAAAGACAGAGA